GGCGAUCUCCCCGCAAACUAAGUCAGAACGUACGUUUCACUUUUGAGCUCAGAAACAGGGAGGAGACUUCACAGAUCUACAGUCAACUCAACGGAACUCCCCUCAUGUCAGGGCGAAAUGCUGUCAUCAGUUAUCUUGUGGAGCCUCCUGCUGAUUCCCUUGAGCACAGCCAAUAGAGGUUUCACAAAGUGUAAGGGUGAAUCCACCACAUUGAACUGUCUGGAGCCAAAUAAUCAUAUAGGGGGCAAAGUGGAUAUAAACGCUCUUUGGAAAAAACAUUCUGGUGAAAGAGUGAUCUGGAAAUACAACGGAGAUAGUCAAAAGGGAGCCAGUUUCAAGAACAGGACAGUAGAGUUGAAAGAGGAUUUAUCCCUUUACAUCAAUGGAUGUGAUCAGUCAGAUCAAGGCACAUAUAUUCUCUGUAUCGAUGGAAAACCGUGCUGUGAAGUUACACUACUUGUCAGAGACUCAAAACAAUGCAAACCAAAAACGACCACAGAACAAUCAGUUAGAAGCACAGCAUUUUCUAUGGCAAAACAAGCUACCAAAGAUGAAAAAUACCUGGAAACUGAAACCAGUCUGCCAAAUGCUUACGUCAGAUGGGUUAUUUAUGUCUGUUUAUUUUUGGUUGUGUUCGUCAUAUUGCUGUUUAUCUGUGUUAUCUGUGUUAUCCGUGCAUACAUCCCAAAAGAGGAAACUAGUAAAAAUGAUAAGUCAGGAUCUAAACUGCUCCAAAUAUAGAAUAUAUAGAGUAACUAUGCCGAUGCAUGGUUUUCAAUUUAAUGUGGAUAAAACAGCAUAUCAUCAGCAUGAACAUCAGAACCGAAACGUUAGACUCAAAAAUAUAAAAUUACAAUUUAUGUCAGGAUGUCACAUUUUCAUAAUUCUUCUGACAUCAGCAAAGAAAGGUUAUGCCCUAUUAUGCCUGAGCUACAUUUGCCUACCCUUAUUUUUGAUAUGGUGCAAAUUUUCUUUCCCUUACAGUUUGCAUUUGUAUUGUCUUUGCUUGGGGUCCCCAAGGACCAAUGAUGAAAGCAAAGGCAAUACAACUGCAAACAGAAAGGGAACGAAAGUUUGCAUAAUACCAAACAAAAGGGUGCGCAAAUGUAGUUCAGAAAUGUUGCCAAUAAGUACCUGUCCUUAUAGAGCAGUUGUUAAAAAUAUUGAAACACUAAAUAUCUACGUAUGUUUAACUUCACGUUUAUUACUGUUUCUAACUUUAAAAGAAUUAUUAGACACUGUUGUAAGUCUAAAUAGCAAAGAUCAUCUGGAAUUAAUCUGGGUGGAAGUAUAUCUUUUUCCAUUUACUGGAAACUUAUGGGUUUCAUUUCAUUUUUAUAUUGUGAAAAUUGCAUAUGAUAAUGAUUGUCUGAUUUACAGAGAUAUAUAUAU